AUGCCAAAAAAACGUCGUCAAUAAUCUGAUUAUUGGGAUACUGUCCAUGACAUAAAGAAACUUACAUAGCCACAUCUUACACACAAUAAAAAACAUUUUAUAGAAAAGCCUGGUAAAAAAAAAGUAUUUAUUUUAACAAAUAUGUAUCCCUUUAGUAAAAAGGCUAAAACAUGCCUUUGCCUAUUUUAAAUGGUAUUAGGAAGAAAUAUAUAAGUGAUGUCAAACAAGAACAGGAACAUAACAUUGCACAUAAUAUCUAAUAUAGAUCUGAUUUGAAAAAAGACUUAACUUUGUUAAAAACCAUGAAAUAAAAGAAAAAUUCCUUUUAAAAAAAUCAAUAUAAAUUUAAGAAUAUGAGAGCAAAAGGAGCAGGCAAAUUUGAAGAUGGUACACUUAAAUUCACCAAUAGAGAUCUUAAAAAAUUUAAUAAAUCCAAAUGA